GGCUUAAACGUCUUAUCAUUCCUUCCAGAUAAUGGAUACUCAAAUGAAACUCACUACGGGCGAGUUCAGAGAUGGCAUUCAUAUAUGUGGCACUCCUCUGGGCAUCCCAGAUUUUGAAGAAACUCAGAAACAUCUUGCAGGGAGGUAAAGCAUGACAGUAAUUGGUCACCCCUGGCACUUUUAAGGGCACAUCAGUAAUGCUCACUCUCAGACUUUGGCACAGCACUGCUGAUGGUUCUUUAGAACUCAGGAUUCAUGCUGCAGUGUUUCUACGGGAGAACUGACAUUGGCUGGAAACCCUGAGGCAUGACAGGGACCCCCCAAGGCCCACAGGAUAUGGCCUACCAACUAACUUAAAGGCGCGGCGGAGAGAAUGCGGAGUGACGAGCUGGCGGCGCCCAUGGAAGACACCCACCGGCCGGACGAUGCGGCGGCGCGGGGCGGCCCUUGUCCCGGCCUGGCCCCGGCGCCUCCCGGCCGCCUGGGGGCGCCCUACUGCGAGGCCUGGGGCUACUUUCAUCUGGCCCCCGCGCGCCCGGGCCACGCCGCGGGCCAGUGGGCCACCUGCCGGCUGUGCGGGGAGCAGGUGAGCCGCGGCCCGGGCUUCCACGCCGGCACCCCGGCGCUGUGGCGGCACCUCAAGAGCGCGCAUCAGCGGGAGCUGGAGAAGAGCGCCGCCCGCCGCUCGCCGCCCGCCGCCCCUUGCCCGCCGCCGCCGGCGCCGCCAGGCCCCGCCGCGGCCGCCGAGGGCGACUGGGCGCGCCUGCUGGAGCAGAUGGGCGCGCUGGCCGUGCGCUGCAGCCUGCGUGAGCGUGAGCUGGCGCGGCGCGAGGCGGCCGUGGAGCAGGGCGAGCGCGCCUUGGAGCGGAGGCGGCGGGCCCUGCAGGAGGAGGAGCGCGCGGCGGCUCAGGCGCGGCGGGAGCUGCAGGCUGAGAGGGAGGCGCUGCAGGCGCGGCUGCGGGAAGUGAGCCGCCGCGAAGGCGCCUUGGCCGCCGCCUCUGUCCCGGUGCAGACCCCGCUCAAAGAAGAGCCCGGAGGGGAGAGGGACGGCUACAUAAUCGCCAAGGUCCUGCUGUAGGCUGUGACCGCCUUCCGCCCCCCAGUUCCUCCCAUGCCAGCGCUGCUCCAAGUGUCGCUGGACCGGCCUUACCUAGGACCUGAAUCUCAGGCCCGCCGACAUCUCCACCGGUGGGCCCUUGAGAAGCACUUCAGAGGCCAAAGCAAAACCAAAAAUCACUAACGCUCCGUGACACCCCCCCAACCCCGGGGGGGCCUGUAGGCACAAGCUCCAGUGGCCUCCUUUGUUCUUGGCCUUUAGUAAGCACCGGUGCAGGAGCUGGUUUUCCUCCAACUGCCUUUGGAAUGACAGCUCCAGCAACUUCGUGAGACUAGGUCACCGGAGCAGUCUUGUAGCCGGUGACUUUGAAAGGACAGAAACUUCCUCGUGUACCAAAGACUAUCCUACUACGUGCCUGUACACCAGCCAGGGCAACCCAGGGUGGAGGGUGCUUGGAAAUUAGGAUAAAGCAUUUUAUCCAAGAAGAGUUUUACUCAUUUCCCAAUGAAUAAAUAAAUUUUUGGUAAUUGGUUUGCCUAGCAGGAAGUUCUGAAAAUGGGGCCAUUUAGCUUCCACAAUGGCUCUUUACCCUGUCCUCUCUAGUGCCUCAUCAGAGCAGUCUGGGAGAACCCCUAUUUACUCCACUCUCUAGCUUGCAGAUAGUACCAAGUGCACCCUGUCCUCAUACCAGCUGUUUUCUUUCCAUUUCAGACCCAGUGCCAACUGUAGUGAGUUUCCCAACUUUCCUGCCUCACACUCCCUUACUAGCAAAACAUGACCUCCUCCCUCGUUGUUAGGAAGAGAUCUUGAUUUCCCACAGAUCCACAGUCCUCGCUUCUGGGCCACAGUAGAAGGAAGGCAUUCCUUCAAUCUAAGGCCAUCUCUGCCUCUUUAUCUGUUUUCAUCCAUUUCUCUUCCACCAUUACUAGACCUGUGCUCCAUUACUGUUUCUUCUUUCCUCUUCUUUCCUCCCUUCCCCAGACUAUGGUUCCUCAGUAACACCCAGUCUACCCUGUACUAAAAAGAAAGAUUCCCCCAGCCUGGCUGCUUCCACUGAACACUAUCCAAGGGGGGCCUGGUUAUUCUUGCUGCCUAUACUUCCUCCCAUACUUCAGUUCUUCACCAGUGGUCAGCUUCCCAUCCUACCCUGGACCCUUAAGAAGCUGAAUAUGACAAUGUAUGUUCAGCCUUCAUCUUCCUAGUACAAUGAACACCACAUAUACCCUCCACCUAGACUGAGCAAUUGUUAACAUUUUGCCUUAUUUCCUUUCUCGGCCCUCUCCCCCAAAUAUACCUCUCAUUUCAUCCAUUAGUAUUUCAGCAUAUAUAUCCUAUGAGCCUCUAAAUUAGUCCUUAAUCAAAAUUCUGUAACUGACUCAGAACUGUCUUAUCUUCUCUUAAAAAAGGGGGAGGGGGGGUCCAAACAAGGUUCAUUAUUUUUUAUUAUAACUUUCUCUCUUUUAGUCUAGAACAGCUCCUAUGACACUUUUGAGAGUUCCAGCCAUCUGUCUUAUAGAUGUCCUUUAUUCUGGAUUUGUCUGAUUGUUUCCUUAAGUCAAUUUAUGUACUCAUUCUUGACUCAUCUACCCCUGUGCCGGUGACUCCUGACUACCUCCAGCCUCGAGGUUCUUCCCAGUUCUGUCCUUCAUGUUCAAACCCCUACUGCAUGUCUCCACCUCUAUUUGUAUAUCCUGCCACUGCUGAUCCAAAGGGCAAAUCUAUUCCGUUCCACGUUCCCACCCCUUACCUAAUAACUAACAUUUACUGGGCUCUUAAAAUGUACAGCUAUGUACUGCACACUACAUGCAUUACCUUACUUUAUUCUCAUAGCAGCUCCCUAAGGAGGUAGUAAUGUUAUGCCCAUUUACGGCUACGGAAACUGAG